AUGUUACGGCAUAAAAAUCAGUUAGUGGAGGUUUGUUUUUAUUUUCGUUAUUCGAGCACUUUUGAUUGAUCGCAUCAAUGGCAGCUCAUUAAAAUGACAUUGUGUUAGGUUAUUUGAGCUUAAUUCAAAAUUAUCUCUGACUCUUCGAAUUUGGUUACCCUCUCUGGCGGCUAUUUUCCAUUUCGCGGAAUCACUUUGAACACGGCUGAAAGAGUUGGAAAGCAUUGUUUGCCAGCAAAAUUUGGAACAUUGGUUUGGAGAUUAUUUCAGUUUUAUCUCAUUCGAACAAGGUAAAAAUGACAUUGAUAAUAAUAAAAAUCAAUGAUUGAAUGUGAACCUCCUCAUGCAGAGACAGAGGUUUUUUUUUAAUGUUCUCAGUGGAUUCUUUUCGCUUGUUCCAUUAAAUGAACGUGAGAAAAACUGUGCUUCAGAGAUAUUUUCGAGUGAGAAACUUUGCCAAGACAUGUGGUUUUUUUUUUCCUGCGACUAAAAUCUUUACAUCAUAGAAAUUUUCGAAGGAAUUUCAUUUUUUUCGCUGAAUACAUCUUUCGUUAAUGAAGUUAGGCUUAAUAUUUUUAUUUGUGAGCAGAAAAAAAUUUUUUUAUGUGUUUUUUUCUUUCUCAAAAAAAUAAGUAUCCACAGUCCGGAGUACUUUUUAGGAUAUUUUACACCAAGGAAAAUACUUUUAACAUAAUCAAUCUCAUAAUGAAUUUUUCAUAACGUCUUCUCUAUGUCUGCGAUACCUUCCAAGUUUUUUUUUUUCGCUCAUAGUUCACCCAAUUCACAAUUUCCGACCUGGUAACUCUCAAAAGGCAGAACUUUUCCUACGCUCCGAUCCGCUUAAAAAAGCCGACCUUGAUUUCUAUCUGUCUGUCGACUCGGGUCCCAUUUGUUGUCCAACGACUGAAAGGUGUCAGAAAGUGGCGUUUUGCAGGCGGCCGUCCAGUUCGACCUCGGUCCAGCCGCAGCCGCGCCGAUGAAGAAGCACGGCACCGCCGACCCAUUGCUCGGUGGGUCGAGAUCCCUCCAGUCAUUCCAUGCUCGGACUUGCAGCGCACAUCCGGCCGUACAGCCGCCACCGCGUCCGUCGCUACCUGUACAUCGCCGCCUCGCUUCUUCUGCUGUUCCUCGUCUGGAGGUGGCUCUACCCAGGAAAUGGAGGCACAACCUACGGUGGUCGGCCGCUUGGCUAUCGCGAUGAGGUGGGGGAUGUUUUGAAUUGGGAUUCGGUACACGAAAGAUCCGAAAAAGUUGAUAGAACAUGCGGCGAAUUUCCUCGAUUUUUGUCCGAAGUCGUCCCUUUUUUUUCUAACUUUUCGGUUCCUUCUUCCCUUUCGUCGAAAUCUCCAAAAUAUUUUUUCUUAGUUGUGCAUGUUGCGCCGUGAACAUAACUCCUUCGAGUGUAGUCAGAUUCUCAUUUUGCGGUUCUUUCGUUUCGAGAAAUCUUAAACUGAAAAAAGGGGCUGCCAAACAGAAGCCAAACUUUUCCAAAUUCAAAGUCUGAAGUCCAAGAAAUCGAAACAUCAAUUUAUUGAAUUGUGUAUACAUGUACGAAGUAUGAGAGAUAAUAGCUUCAACUUCUCGAAAAAAAGGAAUUAUUUGGAACUGAUUUUUUUCGCAAAGAUUUCUUCAUACAAAAUUAUAGAGAAAUUUUUGAAAAAAAUUAUAGUUUGUGAGAAGUAAAAGGACUUAUAUACAAUUUCUGAUUAAUUGUGCCCGCUCAAUGCAGACAAAAACACAGAAAAUCUUUACACUAUGUUGAUAGUUGAUAUGAUUGCAAGUUAGUAAUAAAAUUUUCAUUUUUCAUUUCACUGAAUGUAGUCUGUCCUAAGUUUUUUUUUGAAGCAAGAAGGAAAAAUGAAAAAGUUGGAGCGAAAUCAAGAACUUCAAUCUUUCCCAGACAUCUCUUAAUCACUGCUUUGAUUCACGCGGUGAUAUUUGUCACCCGACUGGCGACAUUUGUGAAUCACGGCCGUGCUCGGAUAUGCUUUUCUACACGAAUCUCGGCAGUGUGUGUGUUCGUUAUCUUCCGGUGUAACAUCCAACAAUUGUCCUCAAAUUGUCGUCUCUAACGGCCGUUCUGCAUGAUCCUGGUGUCAUUCGACAAGUUUCGCGGCUCGAUGCGCGUCUUCGUCUUGUUUUUGGCUUUCUGUGGAGGGGCCGCGAGCCUUCCACGGCUGACUCCACAUCAACUGAGCCUUCUGGAGUGUCUUUUCGUUCGUCGCGACUGCAAGGACCAUCUAGCAGAUUUGUCUGCCGCCAACAACCUUUUUUGGAAUGUUAGCUUCUUUAUUAAUAUUUCCUUCUCCCGUCGAAAAAAAUUAUAUUUGCAGUUGAUGUCGCGCGAGUUUCCAGCGCAACCUCCGACCAACACUGUCAGAGUCGAGCUUUUUGUGGAGUCUCAAUGUCCAGACACGUCGAGGUUUGUUUUGAUAUUUCUGAAAAAGGUUACCCAGUUUCUCAGAUUCAUCCGGAAGCAGUUGAAAACGACUUGGGACGCGUUGAGCAACACUGGCCGCAUCGAACUGUCGGUGGUGCCUUUCGGCAAGGCUCGGUGUGUACCGCGAGGCAACGACUUUGAGUGAGUUUGGGCAAAGAAAAAAAGAUUAUUUUUGAAAGUAGCAACGUCUUCCAAAAAUAUUUUUAGUUCAGUGUAAUCGGGUUUUUGGAUUGAACGAAUUAUUUCGAAAAUUGGUUCCUGUUCCAGUUGCUCUUGUCAACACGGUCCGACAGAGUGCCUGAUAAACCAGCUGAUGAACUGCGUCAUCGACAGAGUCGGAUUCCCCAACAAAUACGUGGAGACGGUGAUUUGCAUGCAAGGCACUCACUCCCUCGACGAGGCUCUCAAGUGCGUCGAGGGACAUCCUUCGCUCGAUCAGCCCAGGCAAGUCUUUUCCUUUUAGGAUAACUUGAUGAGUUCGUUCACAACUCUGUGUUAUCUCUAACGAGCUCUUUUUAAUCUUGAACUUCGUGGCAUUUGAAGCCCAUGGGUACUAGUUAGGAUGUUUGAAAAGAGAAUAAAAAUAUCUAAGAUGAAGGGUCUUCAAUUUGAAUUUUCGAAUUUAUUUUUGUGAAAUCGGCCGUUCAUAAUUUCUUAGCCUCCUUUUUUGCAGAAUGCGAGACUGUGCGACUGGCGAACGAGGCCGACGUCUUCUGGCGCUGUCAGGCCAGCGGACGGCCGGGCUCCAGCCUGCUCUGGACUUCGUUCCUUGGAUCCUGAUCGACGGCGUCCGCAACACCGACGCCCUCUACGACCUCGCUCAGAACGUCUGCAACGUGUUGCACCCUCCUCCAGCGGAGUGCUCUCCAUUCCUCACCACGGCUUUAUAG